AUGGAUCCGUACGGUUCCAGCAGCAACACCCGCAUUCUCAUGCAGUUUCAAUCCGGCCCCAGCGACUUUCAGGGAGCUCCUCCAGCCUAUUCACGCUUUGAUCAUGCCUCAGAAUCGUCGUCGACAUUGUCUGGCAAGCCUCCGCCGUCCUCGUCGACAAAGGCUCACCCGAGCAACCCAGACGUAGGCAUCGCUACCGCCGGGGCGUCGUCGACAGACGGUCGGAGUAGCAGCAAGCCUGUUACAAAAUACGCAGGGCAACAUUAUCACCAAUAUUCGCCAGCCCGGGUCAUGCCAGGGCACCAAACGCAUGACACCGUCACUGGCGAAACGCUCUCCGAAAAGGCCCCGCAGAGACAGGCCACCCAGACUCCUCCUCAAUCGUUAUCUCGACAGCAUCAGCACCAACAAUAUCAGUAUGCAAACGCACCCCGCCGCGGGAGAAGCUCGUCCGUAUCGCUGGCACGUUCACCCCAUUACCCGCCACCGACAUCUUCGCGCGUGGACAGUGCGGGUCCAUGCGGGUACUUCCAAGACUUGCCGCCUCGCGUUCGAAUAUGGCUCUCGUUUGGCGCAUGGGUCGCCACCAGCGCCGGGUUCCUCAUCGCCGUCGCGUGCUGGAAGACGGAAGUGUUUACCGCGCUCGACAAUCUAUCCCUCUGGCUCGUCGCAGAAGGCUACACGGGCUACGCAUACAUGUUUUCGUUGAUCGUGCUUACGACAGUCCCCCCUUUCCCUCUGUACUCGACCCUCAUGAUGUUGGCUGGCUACACAUGGGGCACCUGGCCUGGAUUCGUGCUCUCGUACACUGCAUCUCUCUUUGGCGCCAUUGUCGUCUACUUCAUCUCUCGUUAUUUCUUUGGGAAAUCACUCGUCUCGCUUCUCAAGCACAUGCCUUCUUUUGCUCGCACCGUGCGCGCCGUCUCGCGGAAUCCAAAAUUACUCUUCCUGGUCCGGUUUGCCCCGUACCCUUACAACGUCAUGAAUGUCGUCCUUGCGGCUAGCCCGAGUCUACGGUGGCGAACCUAUAUUGGCUGCACAGCCCUCAGCUUGCUCAAGGUCGUCAUUCACACUAGCAUCGGAAGCGGCAUCCGCAGCUUCAAGGGCUACCAUGGCGUAGGAGAAGGACAAGGUAUCGACGGCGAGACGACAGAUGCGGAGCGACAAAGUAGUUACUUGGCAAAGUGGAGCACCAUUGUCGGUGUGGUGCUUUGCUUCCUGCUUCUCAUCUACCUGGGCCACAUUGCGCGGAAAGCCGUCGACGUCGAGCUCGAAGAUGAUGACAUGUGCGAGUCGUCGGCGUUGUCCCAGUCGCUCUUGCCGGUUCAUAACCCACGAUCCCGACUCGCAGACGACGGCAUGGUGCCGCGGUCGCCCUUCUCUCCUAGCAGACAUAGUCGUGAGCCAUCUACGGCCGACGAGAGACAGGCAUUCUUGUCGCCUGUAGCUGGAGACUCGGAUGAAGAAGAUGGAGUGGAAAUGUCGGAAAGCCGCCUUUCCGGGUCUUCUAGUCUCAUUGGUAGUCGCCCGUUCCGGCGAUAG